AUGGCGACGCGGGUCGAGGUCGGCUCCAUAACGACCCUGACAGCAGUACCAAGCCUGGGUGAUCUUGACAAAGAGGAGACCCUGAAGCGGACCUACUUCUGCCAGGCUGGCGAUGUCCCCUCAGCCCGGAUCUUGGAAGGAAAAAGCCCCCUGAGGAGCCCGGCCCGCUUACUUCCUCUGCCAAGACUUGCCCCCAAACCCUUCUCCAAAGAGCAGGCCCCAGACGUGAAAUCCUCUGUCUCGUCUUUUCGGCCCAGUCCAACCAGGCUGUGUCCUUCCAGUGGGCUCUCCAGUGAGGUGACAGCAAAGGAUCUGGACGAGAGAAUGCCUGGUUUGGUGGAGCAGGAGGCGGGUAGUGGGGAGGGCCCGAGGAGAAGCGCGUCCUUGUUCAACAGGGCCGCGUUUCUGCGGCCCGGCCCCAGCACUAGGGUUCUCUUUGAACCCACCAAAACUGGCCCCACUCUGGGGAAGGGGGUCAGCGAGGGGGCUCAGGAGGCCAACCCAGGUGUAUCUCAGGAGCUCCCUGCAGCCUCCCGCCCUGAGGUGGCCACCAAGCCUGCCCUGCCCGCCCGAAAGCCCGCGGGGACCCUUCCCCGAGCAGCCUCCUUGUCACAGGACACAAGGCCAGCCACAACCCAAGAGGAGAUAGGCCAAGACCAGCCCCUCUCAAAGGCCAGCAGCAUGGAGGACACGGCAGGCCCUGCUCCAGAGCCCAGGCCGCGCCUGAAGAGAAGGCCUGUGUCAGCUAUCUUCAUCGAAUCCAUUCAGCCUCAGAAGCCGGUCCCUGGUGGAACGGCUGUGGUGGGGAAAGUGCCCCCCACCCCUCCAGAGAAGACAUGGGUGAGGAAGCCCAGGCCUUUGUCCAUGGACCUCACAGCUCGGUUUGAGAGCAAAGAGGCCUUGCUGAGGAGGGUGGCUGAUGAGGGAAAUAGGGUAUCGGCAGGCCCCACUGCCCAGGGUCAGGGGCCAGAGAGCUCCAACCUGGAGCCCAAGGUGGACAGGGAGUGUUUGGUCAAGGCAGAGGCUUCUUUUCAUGACCCAGAUUCAGACUUCCUGGAUGUGGCCAAGAAAAUCCGUGAACAGAAGGAGAAGAUGCUUUUUAAGCAGGCAGAGGCAGGCAGCCCCAGAUCCCCAGGGGGCUCAGCCAGGGUCACCCCUAGAGAUGAUCAGGGUCCUUGGGAAGAGAAAGCCAAGCUGGACCGGGAGCCAGAGAAGGUGUCAGAGUCCCCUUCACCCAGGUCUGGAAGAGGCCUAGAACUUACUGAGGUCAAGAACAGAGGGGCUGACGGGGAAGCCCCGGCAGGGGGACAGUGGACUUCCAGAGGGAGCGUCAAGAAGCGCAUCAGCCUGUUUGGGGAGGACAGCCUAUUGGCCUUGGCAGCAGAGACUGAAACCCCACUGGCCACCCCUGAGUGCUCCCUGGCAGUGCCAGAGUCCGAGAAAGGGGGCAUGAGUGUCCAGGAGCGGAUCAAAGGCUGGGCUGCUGAGAGUUCCAAGGCAAAGCCAGAGAUCAGGAGGAGCAUGUUCCAGGCUCGGCCACUAUCGGUGGAUUUGACUAAACUGUUUUCAAGUUCAGCUUCGAGCAAUGAAUUCAAAUAUGAGAGGAGUCCAGAGCUGAGCAGCGAGCUUCCCAAGGAACCAAGAGAAAAGGUAAGUGGUGGCUGUCAAAAGGAUAGUGUGUCUGCCCCAAGAAGCCCCUGGAAGCCUGGGUCACUCCGGGAAAAGUCCAGGCAGACGGAGCGGAAAGACAGCUCUAACCAAGACCCCAUCCAAUGUCAGGAUGAGAGCUCAGUGCAGACUCCAUGCUCUUCUGAUGUCACUCCAGAAGAUGAUGGAAGCUUCCAGACCGUGUGGGCCACGGUGUUUGAACAUCGUGUGGAGAGACACACUGUGGCUGACCAGUCGGAGUGUCAUCUCUCAGCCACACCUCCUGGUGAUGUGGCUGAUGCUCGUGUCUCAGAGCCUAGACCCAGGCCUGAGAAAGGCUUUUGGCCAGGGAAGGACCCACCAGAAAUGACAAACCUCAAGAAAGAGAACUCCAGGUGGUCUCAAAGUCCUGAGAUAGAGAAAUUGGGACGAGCUGCCCCUUUGAACAGUGAGCCCAGACAGCUUCACACUCCCCUCCCGGAAAAAUGCCCUUUGGGUGAAAAACAUAGUGAUAACCCCUUCCUCAAGCACUUGGACAUUCGUCCCAUAUCCCGGAGGAUUGAGCCCAAGUAUGACAUUGUGCACACAGUGGGGAAGUGUGCGCACAGCGAGGCCAUCUCGACAGCGCCGGAGGAAACAGCGGUCACGCUCCAGAGCGGCAGGUCUCAGCUCUCACUGAAGGGGAGGCAGCUGUCCCAGGAGGUCACCCCUGCUGACCGGGAGUGCAAUCUGGAAGGUCAGGUGGGGUCCGUCCAAAGGGCCAGUUUGAUUUGGGAAGCUCGAGGGACGCAUGAGGCCAAUGGGUCAAAGCCUGAUUUUCAAGAACCAAAGGAUGUGUUUGGGAGUAAUUGCCCAUCACCCAAAUGGACAGGUGGGGCAGUGGUGAACUGGCAUAAGGCCACCAUGGUGGCCAGCGAAGAGCCAUGUGCUCCUGAGGCUACCUCUGUGAGGGUCAUCAAGGCUGCCGUCUGGGAGGCCCAGAAUGAGGGGCCUGAGGGGGCUGAGAAGAAGCCAGGAGGCUGUAUUUCAGCAGAAGCAAGGGGUCCACCCUGGGGAUGCCCCCUGGGCCCUCCUACUACAGCUACAGAUGAGCCCUCUGAACCCCGCGCACGAGCACAUCCUGAUGCCUUUUUUGUGCAGAAAGGCUCCCCCUUUGUGGCUGCCAGCAUGCGUGAUCCAAGGCCAGCCCAGGUGCUGGACCCUGAAGUCAAAAUGCGGAAAGCCAGUCCCAUGGACCAGAGGAUGGACAGAUUGAGGCGGCGGACUUUACCCCACGAUGUGAAAUUUGACACAUUCAGCUUUCUCACCCCAGAAAACUCUUCCAAGGUGGAGCAGAGACGAACAGAUUAUACCCCCACAGCUGGUGCCUUAAAAAAUUCUCAACGAUCCCACAAUAGGGUGGAGAUGCAGGAGGUGAACUCACGUGCUUCACAGGACCAGACUUCCUCCACGGUGAAGCAAGGGUCAUCCGCGGAACCCAAGGUGACAUUUUUUGCAGUAACCUAUCAGAUUCCUGAUAUCCAAAAGGCAAAGAGCGUUGUUAAGUUGGGGCCUGAAAACUUGCUGGAACAUUCUAGAAAACCAGCUCCGCCUGCAUCUCCUCAUUCUUUAACAUCAACUCUGAACCAUGAAGAGUCACUGGAGACUGUAGGCAGUAAAAACUGGUCUAAGGAAAGAGAGCAUGAAAAUGUAAGCAUUUCAAAAAAUCUGAAACCGACAGACUGUCCAUCAUCUGUUGCAGACAAGAUUCUGGACCCUUCUAGUGAAAGAAACAUUGAUGUGGAUGCUUUAUGGAUUCAUCGGGCAUCAGAAGAUGGCACUGGUUCUCAGAACCACUGGAAGGAAAGUGGGAGCAAGAUGUCUCCCAGCAGCAGCAAUCCCCAAACCACCCCAACUUUGAAAAGUCGUCCAAAAGAUCUUGUCAGGAGGAGGACCGAUAUACUCAGUGACACAUUCCCAGGUAAAAUCAAAGACAGCUACAGAUCCAGUGUCCUCGACAUUGAUGCUCUGAUGGCGGAAUACAGGGAACACUCGACCAGAGUCCCUGGGGAGGCUCAGGAGCAGAAGGGGAGUCCGACGGUGGAGCCCAGCAGCUCAGCUCAGGAGAGGCCAGGCCAGCGAGGCGGGGUGGAAUGGAGGAGGAAAAGCCUAAGAGAGGUGCCCAAAGCAGAGAGUCUCCGGAAACGAGCCAGUUAUGCCGAAACAAGCCACAGUUCUCCUCCUGGCUCAGGCAAGCAGCCAGCAGAGACACUGGGGGCAGCCACGAACACCAAAGCUAGCCCUCCUUUGUGGGCUGCACCACACUUAGCUCCUUCUGAAAAAUAUCCAGGGGCCUCUUCUGUCCCUACAGGGCCUAGGAAAAAAGUCUUGGGAAUUGCCGAGGAUGAAAAAAAGGUCUUUGCUAGUAAACAUCAUGGUGCAAAGUGUCAGAAUUACAUGGCUGAGUUGAAGCCCACGGGUCAAGAGGAUCUGGACAGUGGGACCAGAGUGUCACCCAAAUCGCCCCCUACUGACUGGAAGAAAGGGACCUCAAGGAAAUUCAUCGGGUGGGGAGAGGAAGACAGUGUUGCCCAGUGGAGCGACUACCCACAUGACUGUGGACGGUUACUGCUGGAUGUCAAAAGGGCCUGUUCAGAGAAGGGCCCCCCUGCCAGAAUCCAAGAGGGCCUGUCCAUCAUGCAGGAAGCCAGAGAGAGGAGGCGAGAGCAGCCCAAAGGGAGAGCCAGUCUCCCUGGGGAGAGUUCUGAGGCCAAAAUGGGGUCCUGUCGGUGGGAGUCAGGGGCUCGAGACAGUCACAAGGUGCCACCGCGGGACCUGGAGAAGGAGGGUGCCCUCCAGGAUAAUGAAAAACUGCUCCGGCAGGUGUCCCCUGUGGCUUUGGGCCCCCGGAGGAGCCACAGCUUCUGCAAGGACAAGCGGAGCGGGCACUUUGUGGACCAGCUGAAGCAGUGUUUUUCCAGGCGGCCGCCUGAGGCCAAGGACACUGACACCCUCGUGCAUGAAGCCGACAGUCAGUAUGGGACGUGGACAGACCAGCACCAGAGCAGAGAAAGCCUGGCCCCUGAGUCCCCAUCUCCGGACAGCAGUGCCACGUCGGCACGGAAACAGCCCCCCAGCAGUUGCUUGUCUUCUCUGUCCUCCCAAACGGAACCCACCUCGACUGGGGACCAGUACGACUACUCCAGGGACCAGCGGAGCACCAGUGUAGACCGCUCCAGCACUGACCUGGAAUCCACAGAUGGGACGGAGGGUCCACCCCCACCAGAGGCCUGCCCUGCAAAGAGAGUGGACGACUUCUCCUUCAUUGAUGUAAAAGAGAAGUCACCCAGGAGGGAAGAGUCAGAUGAGGAGGAGAAGCCAUCCAGGACUGAGAGGACACCUGUCAGCCAUCCUCAGAGGAUGCCUGGGUUUCCAGGAAUGGAUCCAGCAGUGCUAAAGGCUCAGCUGCACAAAAGGCCAGAGGUGGACAGUUCCGGCGAGACCCCCAGCUGGGCCCCCCAGCCCAAGACCCCCAAAUCCCACUUCCAGCCUGGGGUGCUGGGCAGUCGUGUGCUCCCCUCCAGCAUAGAAAAGGACGAGAGGUCAGAAGAGCUUUCUCCCCAAUGGCUAAAGGAGCUGAAAUCCAAGAAGAGGCAAAGCCUGUAUGAGAAUCAAGCUUGACCAGACAGGGGACACCGCCACGUCUAAUUAACAGAAGCCUUAACUGUCAGAACCUGCAGACGAGGCCAAGCUGCCACCGUUCUUCUGUACGACGCUUACGUGCCUGGGCCCUUCCCGUCAGCUGGAGACCACUGCCGAGCGCCCCGCUCUCGGCGGCUCUCCUGGGUCUGGGUGGGAAGGCCCAUCCUCCACAAGCACCUGCUCAUCUCCCCAGACAGCUCUUCAGGCUGAGAAAGAAGUCAGACUGUCCAAGAAUUCUAGUGGUUUUGCUUUUUAUGUAAAAACUUUGCAUUUCUGUCCACUGUAGACACCUUCAGCAGCUCCAGGGACGUCAACACGAGGCUGGACUGUCUCUCUUGGUUCUGAAAAAUACCUGAAUUGUUAAAGACCCUCUUCACCCACCCCAGGGCAGGUCUUUUUUGGAAGGACGGUUCCAAGGAAGAUCAAACCAUUCAUUUCCUACUGUAAUCCCUGUCUGAGGAAUUACCACCGAGUUGAGGUUUUUGAUUGCUUUUGCUGGAGAGUUCCUUCUUCCCCUCAAGGAAUCAGAAAUUCCAAUUUUUAAACAUACUCUCCCUGAUUAUUUCAUGUGUAUUUAUCCUUCCAGUGGGGCUGUGUGCAUAGUUGACCUGUUUCAUGGUAUGUCAUUCUUAUUUGCUUUAGAAGAUGAUAAAGCAAUAAUUCAGCCAAUUUUCUUUGAAACUUGAUAUGUAUAUACGUUUCUAUGUUAAAGGACAGGAGGAAAGAUGUGUGAAUAGUUUGUUUUGAAGCAUCCAAUCACCUCAGGUUAUCUUAUCCCUAUCCAAGCCUUUUAAAAAUUUUAAUUGUCACCCUUGUAUAUAUUUUCCUGGUUUCUUUUCGUUUGAGCUCUGAUUUCUGUGGGGUGACCUUUGGCCAUUGGCCUCAAGAGUUUAUAAACUGCAGCCCAAACAGCAGUGCCUUUACCACUCAAACAUCAGAAUCUUUUUCUCCAGCAUCUUUUUUGAACACAACCUGAGCUGCCAGAAUGGAGGAGCCGUUCAAACUUGGCCUCAGAACAAAUGCAUGAGUGAGGGGUAGACUUUGCUUUUUCUCACCUCAUCCCCACCUCUUCAGCUCCACCUGACCAAGUACUUUUUCUAGUCUGAAUGCAGGUCUUGCUGAAAGCCCUUCUCUGGAGGGGAGCUCCCAGGCCAGGGACUCUGGACAGAAGUGCUGGACACUUGGUGAUGAAGUGUAAGGCUUGCUUUGCCUCUUUUUUUCUUGCUAGCUAUGAGCUCAUUCUCAGAAUCUUCAAUAACUCUGGGGGCUCCAGAUGCUGUCUACUCUGUCCUUUUUUUUGGAAAUCCUCAACACCAGCCUCCUCCACCUCUGAGCACAAGGCUCCAGCAAACAUCCCAAAUAUGCUUGGCUGGCCACCUGCCAUGCCUGGAGUUUCCAUAACCUUCGUGCCAACCUUGCUGGGGAGACACCCAUCAGUGAGAUGCUUGGACAGUUCAUAGAGCAGCCUGUGAUUGCUACGGGCCCUGGGGAUGAGUUUCCUGAUUGGUCCAUGCACAGCACUGGCUGGAUAUGGAAGUGGGGAGCACAUGUGCCCCUCUUCCUGACUUCCCAAGAGGUGCAAGUCUUUCUUGGUAAAUCCAUUAUUUGCAGAUGGUAUCCAAACAUGCUUCUGAUUUGUCUCUCCAUUUGUCUGUCCAUCUCAUCUUUCUCCUUCAUUUCCUUUUACCACCUCCUGUCUCUUGGGGAUGGGAUGGGGGUUGGAUAGCAAUCCCCUGUUUUUCUUUUUUUUUCUUUUUGUCUUUUUUACUGACCGGUAACGGGAUUGCAA